AUGCUAAAAUUACUAAUACUCCUGAUUUAUGCUUUCAUCAAUGGAAAUCCGGCAGCUUUCGGGCAAUUUUUCGUAGACGAGGGUGACGUCAGCGCAACAUGUCCGACUAUAACAUUAGCAAUAGGUCUAAAUGGUGCGUCCCAACUUCAAUCAUAUCUUCUUGGUUGGCUAGAAAACAUUGAUUACCCAAAGCAAAGUAUUCGAUUGGACUUUCAUGUGACUGGGAUGGAAGAAGGGACCUUGAAAUGGUGGAAAGGCUCUGUUAAGCACCUAUUCAAAUCUAUCGAAGUCCGUGAACUAAAGGAAAAUUGGUAUGAAUCAGCGCUCCUCAAUGCUCGUCAAUGGAAAUCGAGCAGACUGCUCAUACUCCCCGGAAACGCCCUUGUCUUCGAUCCGAAACUUUUGCGAAAAUUGGCCGAGAAUAAAGGCAAUGUGGUUGUCCCAAAACUUGAUGCUCCAUCUUACCUGGAACCUGACCAGGAUGUCGAGAAAGUUAGCAAUGUGUUGGAUGAGUCUGAUUUCCCUGAAGAAAAGGAAUUUGAAAUUGAAAGUCCUAUUUUACCGUUAUAUUUAUCAUUGGAGUACGAAGGAGGUUCUUACUACACUUUUGAUGCUCAAAACUUGUAUAGGUACGAAGGGUCAACGGAUGCUUUGGAGGUUUUUGCGAAUGCGUGUAAGCGGAUGCAUAUUGGAAUAUAUGCGUCACAACGUUCUUUCUAUGGCUAUUGGUUGGAACCCCAAGAGAACCUAGAGGCUGACCGUUGGAUGUUCCGCUACCAAAUUGCUGACAUGAUUGCAAUGAAUGGAGCCCAAACACUACCAAUCUCCCAAACCGUUAAGCCAAUCUAUCCUGAAAAAUCGAAACUCGGCUUUGAUCAGAUCUAUGUAAUCAACCUGGAAAAACGGACGGAAAAGAGAGAACGCGUCGAGAAAGUUUUGGACAACCUUGGAGUCGAAUAUCAAAUUUUCCGGGCAUUCGAAGGAGACCAAUUGGUCAAUAACAAAUCGAUCAAGAUAAACUACAUGAAAAACUACAAAGAUCCAUUCCAUCAAAGGACGAUGAAAGCCGGGGAAGUCGGAUGUUUCAUGUCACAUUUAAAAAUCUGGGAGGAAGUGGUUGCGAACAAGCUUGAGAAGGUUAUAGUUUUUGAAGACGAUAUUCGGGUCAGCAAUGGUGGUAUCCAGCGAAUCGAGGAACUGGUCGAUGAUUUGAAAAAGUCGAAAAUGCCCUGGGACUUAAUUUAUUUAGGUCGAAAGCUGAAUGACCCAAAUCAGAAAGAAUUCUGGGUGCCUGAAAAUCGUCACCUGACCACGAUUGGGUAUAGCUAUUGGACAUUGGGUUAUAUGAUUUCUUACAAAGGAGCAAGGAAGUUGUUAGAUGCCAAGCCACUUGAGCAGAUGAUACCGGUCGAUGAAUUUCUGCCAGUAAUGUAUGGUAAACAUCCAAACAAAGAAUGGGCAUCAGCCUACGAUGAAUUCGAAAAAAUCAAGGCCUUCGCCAUUUAUCCAUCAGUCGUCUUCCCUCAAAGAUAUACCUUCGAGCCAGGCUAUAUCAGCGAUACAGAAUCUUCCGCUAUCGUCGAACUCCUCGAAAGCCACGGAGAAACCUCUCAACAUAUCCAUAUAGAAGUGAAUGAACUUUGCAAGCAUGUAAAUAUCGCCGAGUUGAUUGGUUGGGCACAAGAGGGGCUGAUUUAUCAAUUAGUAUACCCAUUCUACGCGGUCCCGGUGUCGAUCACUAAUUCGAGGGAGAUGCAGAUGGCGGUUGAUGAUGCCGCCGAAAAUUGUUCCAUGCCGUAUCGAGCGCCAGAGCUAUUUUCCUGUGAAAUAGGCUGUGUUAUCGACAAGUCAGUCGACAUUUGGGCAUUAGGAUGCUGUCUGUACGCUUUAUGCCAUUUUGUUUCACCCUUCGAUUUGGCAUACGAAAAUGGGAAUUCAGUGGGGCUUGCCGUCCUCAGUCCGGAAAAGAUACCGUACCCAGAGGAAGCUCCAUAUCAAUCAUCUACACUUACGUUAAUUCGAAAGAUGUUAGUCGUGGAUCCUACUAUGCGUCCAGAAAUCGCUGGUGUGCUUGCUGUAUUAAAUAAUCUAAUUUGCAACACGACGCAAAACGCU